ACAAUGGUUUAUACUUCUCAUUUGUCGCACUAUUUUUUUCUCGCUAUAAAGUAUCCUGAACGUGUUGCCAGCAUGUUCGAAAUUCAAAAAAAAAAAAAUUCAUUUUUCUGACGUUGAUAUACAGGAUUGGGAGAGAUUUCCAUGCUUCACAGAUCAUAAUGUCUCAUAUUCUAUUAGUAAUCAACAUUGAGGACCACGGGGACUCCAGAUGUUGACUUGUGAUGUUUACAUUUGUCAACAUCCAACAAUUGCAACCAGUUAGGUUGCAUUCUCUCUUAAAUGGGGCUAAUCUUUCUCAUGAUGGGUUUCUGGGCUCCUGUAGGGAUAAUGUUGUUUUCAGAAAACUUUCCUAAGCAAUGCCUGGCAAAUGUCGACUCUGUGCAUUUCAAUUUAUCAUGUGCUAUUAUUGUUGUCAGUCAUUGGAUUUUAGUCAAUUUUAUAGUUGCAAUAAUCGGUUUUGGUGUAACUAGUUCAUCUGCGGCUUUCUCUUUUACAGAACUAUUUGAAAUGGAAAUUUUGUUUAUACGCAAAUUGUACUACACGAUACCAUGGUAUUUAUUGUCGUCUUCAUGGGAAUUACAAAAUUGGAAGUAAUGAUAAUAGUAGUGACCUGUUGAUAUUCUUGCAUUACUUCGGAGACAUUUGGUUACCGAAGAAGUAACAAAACAGAUUGACUCUGCAGGCUGUGUUUCAAAAGUCACCAA